GUGUCUUUAAAAAGAAUCGGAAAAGUUCCAACAGAUUAAUCUUUUAGAAGCUAAAACAACCUUAAGGGAGUCGAAAUCAUUUGUGUCGACCGUGUAAUAAGUGUCAAAGGAAACUUAGAAAUCUCCCUUCGACCCUUGACUUAGCUCUUGCCGUCGUCUUUGCUUCUCUCACUGUAUGGGAUUUACCUGACAUGUUUACAACCAUCAGAAUCCAUUGCCUUCAUCUUUGCGCUUUGGCCUGCAACUUUUUUCUGAACUAAACAAGAAGGGGAUGAUGAUGAGGUACAAUUUUAAAAUAAGGUGUUAGGAAGAAAACUGGUAAGGACUAAUUGUGGCAGACUGGAAACAUACCAUAUGUACUCCAGUAUAAGACGACCCGAAUAUCAGCCCAGGCACCUAAUUUUACCACCAAAACUGCCUUAAAAAAAAUGUGCUGACAAACUCGGUUUAUACACAAGUAUAUAUGGUGUAUGUUACGGUUUUGUGGGAGGUUUGGGAGCUAUGUGCCUUCCAUUGUUCUGAUCGUUUAUUCCUUGUCCCAUUACACCCCACCCCGACCUUCCCAGAUGUCCGAGGAUCUAGCAAAGCAGCUGGCAAGCUACAAAGCUCAACUCCAGCAAGUUGAAGCUGCGUUAUCUGGGAAUGGAGAAAAUGAAGAUUUGCUAAAAUUGAAAAAAGACUUACAAUGGCUCUCUGCAUCCCCGAAACGCCUUCCUUCAGUAAGCAGAGUGCUUGAGUGCACCCCCCUUGACCUGCUGAUAUGUAGAUCACAACACCUGAUGCUGCUGCCCAUCUGUCAAUGAAGGAGCAGUUUCAGAACUCAGACUUGGGGGAGGAAAAGUAAUUAAUGGAAGUUAUAGAACUAACGAAAGACCUUCUUUCAACUCAACCUUCUGAAACGCUUACAAGCUCCGACAAUUUUGCAUCUAUUCAGCCCACGCACUCAUGGAAAGUAGGAGACAAGUGUAUGGCAACCUGGAGUGAGGAUGGACAGUGUUACGAAGCGGAGAUCGAGGAGAUCGAUGAAGACAACGGCACGGCUGCAAUCACCUUUGCUGGCUAUGGCAAUGCGGAAGUGACGCCACUGCUGAACCUCAAGCCUGUCGAAGAAGGAAGGAAGGCGAAGGAGGACAGUGGCAACAAGCCCAUGUCAAAAAAAGAAAUGCUCGCCCAGCAGCGUGAGUAUAAAAAGAAGAAAGCGCUGAAGAAAGCGCAGAGGAUAAAAGAACUUGAGCAGGAGCGCGAGGACCAGAAGGUGAAGUGGCAGCAGUUCAACAACAGAGCCUAUUCUAAGAACAAAAAAGGCCAGGUAAAGAGGAGUAUUUUUGCUUCACCCGAGAGUGUAACUGGCAAAGUGGGAGUUGGAACUUGUGGGAUUGCAGAUAAACCAAUGACACAGUAUCAGGAUACUUCUAAAUACAAUGUCAGGCAUUUGAUGCCUCAAUAAUCGGAAAAACUGUUGGAUUUCAUCUCUGCAGGGCUUUACAUUUACCUUUUUAAUCCUUAUAUUUUUCUAAAGGUAAAUUAUUUGUUAGAUGAGCAAGGAAGAAUACCAGUGUCAUCACUGACUUCGAUAGAAUGAAACAUGAAGAAAUUGCAAUUGAUAACUGCUGUUCAUUUAAACUUCAUUGCUACUACCACAACUCCCUUACCAUGUGUUGAAUAAAGCGACUUUGGAGGUAGACACUGCUUAAGUGCAGCAUCCAAAUGAGUGGUUGAUCUUCCUGAUGUCAGGUCCCUGUUCAACCAAUGGUCUGUUCUUAUUUUGAAAGUCAAACUUUGGACUUCUCAGGUUCUUUGAGCCUGUUACAUAAUUUAGCAUUUAUUGGAACUUCCAGGUAAAAACAUCAGUCUGCUAAAGAGAGCUUAUCCUUUUUUCCCCUUGCCCUCAACUUAGACCUAGCUGUUGUCCAAUUAAGUCUAAGUUAAUUUGUGAAUGGCAGCAUUUGUUUAGGGGGUUUUCCUUCAGUAACUUGUUUGUCAUACUUAUUAGGCCCUCCCUAAAAGUGAUUCAACUCAUUUCAUGAGUUUGAUGUAAGAAACUGUUUAGGACCCUCUACCUUUUUUUUUUUUUUUUGAAAUUUGCUUAUUUUGCUGUGUUGAUUUUUCACUUAGGUAGUGAUACCUUUUGGGGGGUAUGUGUAAUGUUUAUAUGGGAAAACAAAAAGCUAAUGUAUAGCCCUGUAUACUCUGUAGAUAUUAUUUUUGUAAAAAAAAAGGAAAAAAAAGAAAAAACCAAGGCUAAAUUAAUGAACAAGAGUACUGAGUGUUUUCAUUAAAAAUCUGUAUUUCUUGUGCAUUAAUAUGACCAUAAUUUUCCUGUAUAUUAUGUUAAUGUAGCUGAGUUUGUAAUUUUUAUUAACUAGAUCAAGUUGUCAGCAUUUUUUUGGUGUAAGUGAACAAACAUCACAAUCCUGAGUUGAGUUUAUGCCAAAUACAUGCAUAGAAAAUGGUCAUCCCAUUUAUGGGAGAAGGUAAUUUUUAGAAUGUGUUUAAUUUCAGCUUUGUAUGUUUAACUUUUAUUAAAGUGCUUUUAAAAUCUC